AUGGGCCAAAAGUUUUCUGCUCCACCGUCUCCAAAAAGCCAAAGCAACAAUAAUGACUCUAAAUCGGUUCCCUUUUCAAAAAACUCUAAAAAAUCUAGAUUUUUCAGUCGAAUCCCGAAGCGAAUUAUGAAAAUGUGUCCGAUGGAAAAUCUUCAAGUCAACAGGUAUUUCUUUUAAAAUCCAUUGGUUCAUGUUUUGGAAUCAAACUUUAUUACUUAUCUAGUUCUAGAUGAAAAAGAGUUUUCAAAAAUGUGCUUUAUCGAAAGAAAAAAGUUUUGUCCUCAAAAAGUUAUGCCAAAGACCCUAUGCCAUUUUUCAGGCAAAUGUCAGUUCCCAAUCUUUGAGUCCAUCUUCAAUAAAUGUUCGUUUUUUUUUUCGUAAAAAAAUAGUCCAAUGAAACAAAAUGAAAGUUUCGAAGAGUAAAAAAAUCAUUCGAUAUCUUUUAUUUUUCCCAAAAAAAUGUGAAUUUCUCAAAUCUUUUGACAGCUUGAAUAAAAUUGAGGACAACUUGACUUUUGAAAAAAUGUUCUUUUUGGCAUUUUUAUAUGAAUCUUCGAUCGAGUUUUCCGUAAAGUCAAACCCUUUCAGAGUUUUUCUAUCCAAUAAUGAUUAGGUCCUUCAUUCCGUUUCCAAUUUCUGUUUUACCAGUUGCCGCCAAGCUCAGAAAAGGGGCCAGCAGAAGCAGUAGCGAAGGACGACAAUUCCUACGAGAACAUCGACGGUCCGAUAGAAGCGCCGAAAGAGGAGCACAAGCCGUAG